AAUAACAGAACAACCAGUAGUACUAGUGCAAACUAAACCAUGGAAUCUGGAGAAGAAGGGGUCCAUGAACCCAUCUUGAUCGAAGGUCGUCAUGGAAUUGACUAUAGACUUGAGAGGGUGUUAUCUGACGCGCAGUUGCCAUAUUUCAAGCGUCUGCAGUUGGCCUCAUGGCUGGAACUAAAGCUACUCUUCCCGCUGGCUGCACCAGCUGUCUUGGUUUACUUGAUCAACAACUUCAUGUCCCUUUCUACCCGCCUCUUCUGCGGUCAUCUUGGGAAUCUUCAGCUUGCUGCUGCUUCUCUCGGCAACAGCGGAGUUCAACUCUUAGCCUAUGGCCUCAUGCUAGGCAUGGGAAGCGCAGUGGAGACUCUAUGUGGGCAAGCCUAUGGUGCUCAGAGGUAUGAAAUGCUAGGCAUAUAUCUCCAAAGAGCAACAAUCGUCCUUCUUCUAACCGGACUCCCACUGAUGAUGAUUUACAUAUUCUGUAAACCCAUCUUGAUCAUACUUGGUGAAACAGAGGAGUUGGCAUCUGCAGCUGCAGUGUUUGUUUGGGGUCUGAUCCCACAAAUCUUUGCGUAUGCUGUCAACUUUCCCAUACAAAAGUUCCUGCAAGCACAAAGAAUUGUGGCUCCAAGUUCAUGCAUAUCAGCUGCAACUCUUGGGGUGCACUUGUUGUUGAGCUGGGUGGCUGUGUACAAGUUGGGAUUGGGAUUGAUAGGUGCAUCACUUGUUUUGAGUUUAUCUUGGUGGAUAAUAGUUGGGGCGCAAUUUGGAUACAUCCUGAUUAGCGGUGAGUGUAAGCACACGUGGACUGGGUUUAACGUGAUGGCAUUUUCUGGGCUUUGGGAAUUUUUCAAACUCUCAACUGGAUCGGCUGUGAUGUUAUGCUUGGAGACAUGGUACUUUCAAAUACUAGUUUUGAUUGCUGGCCUGCUCGACAAUCCUCAACUUGCAUUGGACUCUCUUGCCGUUUGCAUGUCAGUGAUGGGGUUGUUGUUCAUGGUUUCAGUUGGGUUCAAUGCUGCAGCAAGUGUGAGGGUGAGCAACGAGCUGGGUGCUGGGAACCCAAAGUCAGCAGCAUUUUCAGUAGUAAUAGUGAACUUGGUUUCUUUCAUAAUUGCCGUGAUAGAAGCUGUGGUGGUACUUGCUCUACGCCAUGUCAUCAGCUACGCCUUCACAAGUGGUGAGACAGUGGCCAACGCAGUUUCACAACUCUGCCCUUACUUGGCUUUUACUCUUAUUCUUAAUGGUGUGCAACCAGUCUUGUCAGGUGUGGCGGUGGGAUGUGGAUGGCAAGCUUUUGUGGCAUAUGUAAAUGUAGGAUGUUAUUACGUUGUUGGGAUUCCAUUGGGGUGUAUUCUUGGCUUCAAGUUCGACCUUGGUGUAAAGGGAAUAUGGUCUGGGAUGAUCGGAGGAACAGCAAUGCAAACCAUCAUUUUGCUGUGGGUAACAUUUCGCACGGACUGGAACAAAGAGGUGGAGAAAGCAAUGACGCGGUUGGAUAAAUGGGAGGACAAAAAGGAGCCUCUUUUGAGAAGCUGAACUGUAGCUGAAGCAACGGCAAUUCUGGGGAAAGUAGUUUAAUUGAAAAUGGUCAAGCCAAAAAGGCCAAGACCUUUGGCCACCGACUUUCCUGCCAUUAGCAAUUAAUUAAACUAUUGAUGCCAAUUAUGCUGUCCAUUUUAAAGCAUCGAGUUGAUGCUACCUUACAAUUAUUUUAAUUUGCACAACUACCAAAUUUAUUUGGUAGAUACAUAAUAUUCA